UAUACCAUCACUGAAUAAUUUGAGAUGAUAUGGAAAAUCUGUCGAACACCCUAUUGACAUCGAAUGUCAAAAUAAUUCAGAGGUUUUCGAAAUAAUCUCGUGAAGACUCGAAAAGCCCCACAAUGCCUAAUCUCAGAGAAACUGUUUUUGAGACUCAAGCGGCUCCUGUGGGAAUAAGAGAUACUGAAGAUCUUGAAGAUUAUGGUUUCAAAAGGCAAGAUACAGUAAUCCUCCAUCAGACUGGACAAGUGAUGAAAUGGAAAUGGAUGAAGUCCUUAAUAACGAAUCUGCCAACAGACUCCUACUGGAAUCAUUUGAUCAUCGUCUCCUGUCUUGUUAACUUCUACUGUGGGACAAUAUGUUUUUUCUUCGCCAGAACGUACCUUAUGAGUUUCAUACCAGUUUAUGUUAUCUGUGAUCUGGUGUACCUUUUUCACGUAAUCGUAUUGUCUUUUCACCGCUAUUGGAAGAAUUUGAGCAAGAUAUCUUACACCGUUCGCGUUCCAAUGUCCUAUUACAUACUGGAUAUAAUAUCAUUGCUUCCUCAAGAACUGAUAGCUGUUGCCAUUUUCGGCUCUAGAUCGAAAGUAUCUGUUUCAUUGCGAUGGAUCACCUACGUUCGAUUGAGGCAUUUGAUACAUUUUAUACAGUCUCUGUCACAACUCUUGAAUAAUCGAUGGAGGACCUUCGUCACAGCCUUCUUCACCUGCAUGUGUGUUAUUCAGCAUCUAUCUACUUGUUUUAUUUAUGAAGCAAGUUGUCACCAUUUGAGAUGUAUUGAUCGAGACUACCUAAUGGAUAUUGAACGUAUAAGAGGAUCCAACAUUACCAAUUCUACCUUAGACGAGAAAUCCUUGAUGUUGAAACAUGCACUGAAUUCAACGAAGAAUAUCGAUUGGUAUAACAAAACCAAAUCAUUCGAAAGGACAAUAGGCAGAUCCAGAACUCCAUUUAAGACUUCAAAAGGGAAUGAGACAUUAAAACGUAUACAGAAUUCAAUUAGAGCUAAAACCCAUCAGUCCAGCAAGAAGAACACUAUAAAAAGUUUCAGGAAUGACACCAAAACAAAUAAAUCCAGAAAAUUCAAGAAUUCAUUCAACCUUCCAGCUAAAAAUAAAACCAUCCAUUCAAGUAAGAAGAAUCCUCAACAUAGAUUGGCUAACAGUACCAGAAAAUUGGAACAGCCCAAAAGCAAAUCCAAUGCAUCUUUCGAUCAUUCCAAUAAAAAUAAAACUUUGAAACAGCAACAAAAUACUACUAAAACUGUAAAUAAAUACAUCCAUUUAAGUCAGAAGAACAAAUCACAUGGUUUAGACAACGAUAACCGAAAAUUAGAAAAGACCAAAACCAAAUUGAAUACUUCCUUAGAUCUUUCAAAAAGAAAUGAAACUUUAAAACAUCGACAAAAUAAAACUUUAAAUAAAACCAUUCAGUCGAGUCAGAAGAACAACUCACAUGGGUUGGACAACGAUCACCGAAAAUUAAAAGAGGCGAAGAGUAAAUUCAACACUUCUUUCGAUGAUUCAAAAAGAAAUGAAACUUUGAAACAUCUACAGAAUAUAACUGAAAAUGCAAAAAAGACCAUUUACUCAAAUAAGAAGAAUUCUUCCCAUGGGUUGACUCACGAUACCAGAAAAUUAGAAGAAUCCCAAAGCAAAUUCAACAAUUCUUUCGAUGAUUCAAAAAGAAAUGAAACUUUGAAACAUCUACAGAACAUAACUGAAAAUGCAAAAAAGACCAUUUACUCAAAUGAGAAGAAUUCUUCCCAUGGGUUGACUCACGAUACCAGAAAAUUAGAAGAAUCCCAAAGCAAAUUCAACAAUUCUUUCGAUGAUUCAAAAAGGAAUGAAACUUUGAAACAUCAACAGAACAUAACUGAAAAUGCACAUAAGAUCAUUUACUCAAAUAAGAAGAAUUAUUCUCAUGGGUUGGCACAUGAUACCAGAAAAUUGGAAGAACCCCAAAGCAAAUUCAAUAUUUCUUUCGAUCAUUCAAAAGAGAAUAAAACUUUGAAGGAUCAACAAAAUACAAUUCAAACUGUGAAAGAAUACAUCCAGUCAAUUCCUAAGAAGAACUUACAUGGGUUGACUAGGGAUAACCGAAAAAUAGAAGAGCCCAAAAACAAAUUCAAUACUUCCCUCGAUUUUUCAAAAAAUGAAACUUUGAAUCACCAACAGAAUAAAACUGAAAAUGUGAAUAAAACCAUCCAAACGAGUGAAAAUCCUUUUCAUGGUUUGGAUAACGAUACCACACAAUUAGAAGAGCCCAAAAGUAAAUCCAAUGCAUUUUUCAAUCAUUCAAAAACAAAUGAAACUUUGAAUCAUCAACAACACACAAUUGAAGAUUUGAAUAAAACCAUUCACUCGAGUAAGAUGAAUCCCUUACAUGGGUUGGUUCACAAUACCAAAAAAUUAGAAGAACCCAAAAGCAAAUUCAAUACUUCCUUUGAUCAUUCAAAAAAUAAUGAAACUUUGAAACAACAGCGGAAUACAACUGAAUAUUUAAAUGAAACCAUUCACUCAAGUGAGAAGAAUUCUUUGCAAACCAGAGAAUUAGAAGAGCCUGAAAGCAAAUUAAAUUCUUCCUCCGAUCAUUCAAAAAUGAAUGAAACUUUGAAACAUCAACAGAAUACAACUGAAGAUUUAAAUGAUACUAUUUACUCAAACGAGAAGAAUUCUUUGCAUGGGUUUGAUUACGUUAGCAGAAAAUUAGAAAAACCCAAAAACGAACUGAAUGCUCCUUUCGAUAAUUCAAAAAUAAAUGAAACUUUGGAACAUUUACAAAAUGAAAAUGGAGGUAUAAAUAGAACAGUACGGUCAGCAAAAGGAAACACUUUCAAAAGAUCACAUAUCCCAAAAUUAGAAGAGACAAAUAAUUGGUUCGAUUCUUUGGCACGAAAAGAAUCUCUUGGACAAAUAAGUGAAACACUUCAAUUGAAUAAUAACCAAAAUUCAGAAGGAUCCAAAAGCAAAUUCAACGUCUUCAUGAAUCCUUCAGGACAAGGUCAAACAGGAACGCUUUCAUUGAGCCAGGAGAAUACUCCAUAUGGGAAAAAGGGUUAUACAGAGAGCGUUGAGAAGUCGUUGGAACAAUCAGAUAAUUCUGAACAUGCUUUUAAUGAAAAUAAGAUAUUUGUGGCAAGCCAAAAAAAAUCUGCACCUUGGUACGAAGGAAGAUGGUCCGAGAAGGUCAUUAAAAAAUACCCUUAUUACAGAGAAGCCAGUACAUGGGAUUGGUACCUUUUGAGUACCUUCGCCAUCAUUGAGGUAAUACUGCACAAUGGUUCUGGAAAUAUAGAGCCAGGUAACCCAAGAGAAAUGGCAGGAAUCACUUUGGUCAUGAUCCUUGGUCAUAUCUUCUUCUCAGUUUGGUUCUUAUCCAUCUGUUUCCACAUGCUGACAAUAAUGAGAAGGAAUAGGGCUGAUUAUUUAUUCAAAAUUGACAGCAUAAAGUGCUAUCUUCGUGGAGUGAACGUCGAUAAGCAUGUCAUGAACACAAUCGCGGAAUAUUACAAUAUCCUAUGGAUGAAGAAGGAUGGCAUAAAGACAGCUGGUCAUUUCGAAACCCUACCUCCCCCCUUACAGAUGGAGAUGAUGUACGAUAUAAACUGCGCCCAUCUCCACAGAUCCCUUCUGUUGUUCGAUCUGAAAGAAUUUUAUCUGAGGACGCUCUCGUUGUUCAUGAAACACGAGUUUCUGUUGCCUGGAGACAUCUUGUUCUACCAAGGCGUCGUCAAAACUUCGAUGGUGGUCAUCAUCAAGGGGAUAUUGGAAAUACUGUCCGAUGAAGAUGACGAAAGUCCAAUUAUUGCUUUCCAGGCUGGGACAGUUCUAGGCGAAUCCUGCCUAUUUCUGAGCUUGCCGUCGAAAGCAACAGUACGCGCAGCAGUUUAUACAGAGGUGAAAUUGAUAGAUAGAGUGGAUUUUACAAGGACUUUAUCGAAUUAUCCUAUUGCUCUGUCGUUUCUGAGGGAAAGGAUUAACUAUCGCAUAAAAACAACAAAGAGGAAUAUCGUUAGGCUGCAGGAUCCUGAGGAUAUAGAGGAUCAUGAGAGCAAACAUUUGAUACCUAUAAAACAAUUCAAAGAUCGACUAAUGGAAAGACAGAAAAAAGCAGCACAAAAGGAUAAAUAUCGUAAGUCCUCCAGUUUCCUCGAUACAUCUGGUUCUUCGAAGUUCAGCUUCAAUAUUUUGGCCCUGUAUCAACUUUCUAGUGAAGAUUCGAACAUAGAAACACCUGUUAUAUGUCUAACAUACCAUUUUCCAUGGAUUAUUGAUUCGACCUCUUCUUUGAUCAAAUUUUGGGAGCAUCUUGUGAUUACUGUACAUCUGAUCUUUCUGUUUUUAUAUGCCUAUCAAGUUGUAUUUCUCCGGCAACUAGACGAGCUUGUUUUCGGAUUGAGAUUCUUUUCCGAUGUUUUAUGCGUGUUAGAUGUAGCAUUGAUGACUACUACCUCUGUAGUCCUGAAGGACCAUGUUCUGCAAACCUUUCAGGAAAUCAUCAGAUAUCGUAUGAAAUCCAUCGAUUUCUACAUUAAUGCCAUACCUGUAUUUCCCUACGAAUAUUUCAUGUUAGCUGUUGAUGAUGUAGGCAGCGAACAUUACGCCAGAAUAUAUGACUUAUUAAUGGCUAUCAAACUGCUACGGUUGAGAAGAUGUUACAUCCUUUUAAGACGAAUAGAAGAUUAUUAUUCGCAGAAUAACCCUGUAUUCAAGUUGUUCAGUACAAUUAUUUAUUUCUGUACUGUAACAUAUUUUUCUGGCUGCAUGUUAUACAUUCAAAGUUGUUUGUAUGAAGUAUGUUCAGAAGAUUCUUGGUUUUACAGAAUAAUGUUGAGAGCAGUAGAGAACAAAGAACAAGAUCCUUGUUAUCUAUACCCUUUCGCAACGUCUAUGUACCUAUCAAUAAACUUGUGGAUGGCUUUGGGACUUGGCGAUAUCAAGGCAGUUCUUCCCAAUGAUUUGUACAUCUUUACUGUAUACAUGGUCGGUGGGCUACUCAUUAUGACAUAUUUGAUGUCAUCUCUAGCUGCAACUAUGUAUAUAAUGAACUCGAAUUCGGAAUUUUUCCAACAGGAAGUUUUCUCCUUCCAAAGGUUUCUGGAAAAGAAUAAAGUUAAUUGGGAGCUUCGGCAGGAAGUGAAAAGAUACUUCAACUUGAGAUGGUCAUAUGAUAAAGGGAUUGGAAAGAUGCAGUUCAAAAUAAUGGCUCCAGUACAUUUGCAGAUGGUGGUAUUAAAAGUUGAUCUAAUGGAAUUAUUGGAAAAUGUUCCGUUGUUUCAAAUAAUCGAUGUGGACUUCUUGAUGGAUAUCAUUCUAUCGUGCAACGUCACUAUUCUACCAGAGGGCGCUACGGUAUGUUACGCAGGUGACGUUGACAGAGACAUGUUCAUACUCAAGAAGGGCUGUUGUACAGUUCACGAUUUCAAAGGCGUUUUCAUAAGGAACAUUCAGGCUGGCGACUUUUACGGCGACAUCGAAAUGUUGUUCAAUAUGAGCAAAUGUAACACAGUUCGGACAACGACCAAUUGCAAAUUGGUGCAAAUCACUUUUAGAACAUUGAUGUCAACAAUGAGCAUGUUUCCUGGAGAAAUGGCACUCGUCCAAAAAGUAAUUAACAAUCCAGACUUCCAGAAACUAGUUGAAGCAAUAGAGUUGAAGAAAAUGAUUUCCUUUUUGGAGAAGGUUGAGGUGAAAAUAGUGAAGAAGCGUAAACGUGUUGUAUUUCUUGAGAAGCUAAAGGCCUCUUUCAUAUUUGCCGGUAACUGUUACAAAAGAACGGGAGGCAAGGAAAAAUACUGGAAUCCAUUCAGAAUGAUGGGAAAGUGGCAACUUUUGGGACUGCUGCUCAUACCGAUCACUAUCCAUCCAGAGGCUUGGAUUCUCAAGUUAUGGAUUAUAAUGAGAUUCAUACUGCUCGUUAGCAUGGGUAUAUGUUUUCCAAUGGCGUUGGGCCUGCCGCCUUCAGGUCCCAUCGUGCAAAUGAUCAUAACAUUAGUCGAAUAUACCGCCUACUUAGAAUUGUAUCUGUUCCUGCAUGUAGCUUAUUAUAAUAGUGAUGGUUUGCUGAUCACUCAUCCUAAACUGACAGCUAUACACUAUUUUUCACAUGGAUUCGUCAUGGAUCUCAUCGCUGCUCUUCCAUACUAUGCAAUCAUGCCAUGGUUGUCAUACGAUAAGGACAAUUUGGACCCUACCGUCGCCCAUUUGGUAAGCCACAAGACUUACUGCAUGUGGCGUACUCUUUCUCUUCUACAAUACCAUCGAGUUAUUGGGUUCAUCUCUUAUCUCCAAUCGGACGUGCUCGCGCGAAAGAAUAUUUAUAGUUUUAUGAUAAUACUACCAUUGGUUUUACUCACGCUGCUCAUAGGAACAACCGUCAUCAUCAAUGAUUGCCGGUAUACCUUUUUCACCAUGGAAAUGGAAGAAUAUAAAACCCUUUCCACCGUUAUAUUAACUGAACCCGAUAAAAGCACAACAUACUAUGGUUAUUUGCUAUGCAAAAAUGGUUCCUGGUUGAGCUAUGUACACCAUCAUCAAGUUUCUAGGCCCAUGUUGGUCGUGACUCUGGCUUUCUAUUGGUUCCUGAACAUCUUCAGUCAAGUUGGUCUUGGAGAUAUCACUCCAAAUAACGAUUUCGGCAUGUAUUGCUCUAUGCUGAUAGCAUUCACAGCAUUAUGGACUUUCGCCUACAUAUUGGCUUUCUUGAGUUCACAGACAGGAAGGUCAUACAUAUUGGCACUGGACUAUCAAGAAAAAAUACAAGAAUUGCUUCAUUUCUUAAAUAAAGAAGGAGUAGUCGAAGGCAAGAUCAACAAGAUAUUCAGGUAUUUUGAAUACGUUUGGAAAAGAACCACAGGAAUGCAGAGAAAAGAGGCACUAGUAGAUUUGAAUUCCGCCUUAAAGGGAGAUAUAGCUCUACUCAUGUACGAAAAAACUCUCAGAGAAGUGUCGAUAUUCAGGAGGAUUGCAAGGCCUUACCUUAGAAUUAUCGCCACAAACUUGAAAGAAGAAUACUUCCUUAGGAAUGACGUACUGAUAAAAUGCUACGAUGUUCACAACUCCGUCUACAUCAUCUUGAGGGGUUCAGUCAACGUAAUGACACCUUACGAUGAAUUCAUUACCAGCAUAGGAAUUGGAGGUAUCUUCGGUAACCUUCAACAAUCGGCUCCUGGUUGUAGCACUGAUACCUUCAUUGCCGAACGUAAUGUUGACGCUCUGAAAAUAUCGAGUGAAAUGUUUUAUCUCAUAGCUCAGGAAUAUCCAGCUGUAAGAAAAGUGCUCGAUAAAGGCCUCAAAAAUGUCGGAGAUUACAUAGUUCCAGCACACAAACACAGAGUAGCUUCUGAGGAGAGCUUUUCAUAUGACUCCAGUUACGACGAUGAAAUAGAAAUAAUGUCGAGAACAUAUGCAUUAAAUAUCGAUAGACCUGUUCUGAGAGACGAACCAUCGCUUCCAAGAAUAGCAGCACCAGCAGCACAAGCAGCACCAGUAGCACCAGUAGCAGCAGGAGCCCCAGGAGCACCAGCUGCACCAACAACACCAGAGGUUGUCAAAGUAAAAAUCCCGAAAAAUAAGUGUCUUGUUUGCCUUUUAUUCCUGAAACCGAAAUACUGGUUCAAAUUUGCUCUGGAGCCAGAUCAUGUGAUAUUUCAGUAUGUUUGGUACACGACCUUCUUCGCCACAUGCUAUCAGAUGUUCAUGAUCCCAUACAUGUUUGCAAGUCAGAACUUCAACCCGUACAUAUUUUACACCACCCUGUGCUUUGAGCCGGUGUUCUACAUCAGAAUAUUCUUCUUCAUGCAUGAAGCUUACCUGGACAACUACGGGACUUACGUGAAAAAAUUCAGGUUCAUAAUACGACAUUACUUCAGAGAUUACAAGCGGGUGAUGUGGGAUAUCAUUCCAAAUCUUCCUGUAUACCUAUUGUUCAUCCUCGUUGAACCGAAGAACCAGAUGUUUGCUUUCACUUGCCUUAGACUGUUUCACCUGUUGCGUUGGAGAUAUGUUUUUCAAGCUUUUGCAGUGUGGUCAGCACCUCUGAUGGCAAAAAGGGCCCCAAUUCUGAUAACGAAAAUGAUUGUGGUGUUUCUGAUGAUGGUUCAUUAUUUUGCUCUGACAGCGCUUUUCAUAUUCAGCGAUUUCGGGGACUUCUCCAAAAGCUCCAGGGAAUACUUCAAGCAUACGAAACCAUUCGAAUCCUACAUAGUAUGCCUCUACUUCAUUACAAGCAUCAUAUCCACAACGGGUGUUGGGGACAUCAUACCUGAGAAUAACAUAGAAUUAAUCUUCACGAUAUGCGUCAUGAUAUGCACCAAAACUGCCUACUGUGCUCUAAUCGUGUGUUUCCUAAUGGGGAUUAGAAUCCUCUCCCAGCAUAUAAUGAAUUAUGAACAUAAAGUGCUUAGAAUGAAGAAGUUCCUUCAGAAUCAGGGACUUUCAGAUUAUCUCCUGGAAAAAUUAUGGAUAUACAUCAAACAGAUGUGGAACAGAGAAAAUGGAUUACAUAUGCCUGAGCUACUGGAAAAAGCACCAUAUGUUAUGAAAUGUGAAAUAAUGAGAGAAAUAUACUCUGUUCAUCUCAGAAAUGGAUAUCUUUUCAAGGAUAUCAACGAAGCUCUUCUGACGCAGAUCUGCGGUCAUCUGAGGAGGGUGGUUUUCUUCAAGGGCAACUAUAUCGUCCAAAACGGCGACACCAACGCGUCCAUGUACUGGAUCCAUCGUGGUCAAGUCAGUGUGCUCACGGUCCACGCCAACUUGACAGAAACCCAACAUGAAAUACUGAAUGUUCAUGAUAUGUUCGGCUUGGCACAAGGUUUAAAUUACGGAAUGUCCCACAAAUACAGCUACAGAGCUGAGACGCAAUGCGAUAUCCUCGUUCUGAACCUGGAGACAUGGGAAUGCGUACUGCAACAGUUCCCACACGAUAAGGAAAUUAUUUAUAAGAGAAUGAUGAAUACUUAUACAUUAUUGUAAUAUUUUAUCUAUGUUCGUGAGUUGUUUUUAAGUUUUACAAUAAAAUUUGUAAUCAAUGUUUCUCUG